AUGACAUUGCUGAGAUAUAUGGUCAUUCAGAUCCUCUGGGCUUACUCUUCCCAGGCAGAAGUGCCAGUAUGUGAACAUCCCCCUGAAGUGGAUUUUGGUGAUGUUCUAAGUGGUGAAAAAUCAGAAUAUGUGGAAAGUUACAGAGUGCAGUACUGCUGCUACCCUGGGUACACGCUGGCUGGAUCUGAAUGAAUAACAUGUAAUGGAGGAAGUUGGACCCAACUGCCAAAAUGUCUAGCUCCAUGCACUAUCACUAAGCAGCAGCUGGAGGAGAAAAAUCUGUUCCUACGCAAUAACCAAAGAUGUACAGUUAUAGUUCUGAGUGCUCAAACCGUGGAGUUUUCCUGCAGCAAAGGCUACAACCUCACUGUUCCUGCUGUCAGGACAUGUGUUGAUGGAAAUAUUCAUUUUCCACUGUGUAUCCCACAGACUGGGAAGAAAUGUGGACGUCCACCUGCUAUUGAUAAUGGAGAUAUAACUAUGUUUUCCCAGAAAGAGUAUGCCUCUGGGUCCUCUGUGGAAUACAAAUGCCAACAUUUUUACACAUUGGAUGGACAAAAUACAUCUUUCUGUAACAAUGGAAACUGGACAACCCCACCAGUCUGUGUGGAGCCAUGUGCUGUCAGUGUGACAGAAAUGGAAAGCCAUGACAUACAGCUGAGUAAGAGGUCAAAAGGAAAACAGUACAUCCCCCAUGGAGAUUUUGUUGAGUUUAAGUGCAAACUGGG